AUGGUGAAACACAAGAAGAAAAAUCUCGCCGAGCGAGUAAAUCUAAAAACAAAUAUAAAAAGAAGUUCAAAUCCCUUUGAAGUUCAUGUGAACAAACAAAAGUUUAAUGUAUUGGGCAGGCAAUUAAAAACAGACAAGGGUUUACCGGGAGUUUCAAAGGCUAAAGCUCUUAAAAAGAGAAAGGCAACUCUUCUACAAGAAUACAAAGUCUUAAAUAAAAACAACAAAUUUUUUGACAGAAGAAUAGGUGAAAAAAAUUCAGCAAUGACAGCAGAAGAUAAGAUCAUUGCCCGAUUCAGUGCUGAAAGAAUGAAAGCUCAUAAACGGAAAGCUAUAUUUAAUCUUGCUGAUGAUGAAGUUUUGACACAUAAAGGUCAAUCAAUUGCUGAAAUUGAAAACUUUGAAGAUCCCAUAGUAAGUGAUGAUGAAGAUUAUAACGAAUCCAAAGGAUUAGAUGCUAAUUUUGUGGAGGAAGCCAAUUUUGGAGGAGGUACUCUAAGAGAAAGCAAAACAUCUAGAGCUGCAAUAAUAGAUCAACUUAUUGCUGAAAGUAAGAAGAGGAAAGCUGAGAGACAAAUGGCUAAAGAAAAAACUUUACAAAAAACUGAAGAGUUGGAUGCUGAAUGGAAGGAGCUUCUUCCUUACGUCAAUAUGGGGAAACAGGAAGAUUUAGUAGAUAAGAAAGACUCUUAUGAUGUACUGAUGAAUGAACUAAAGUUUGAGCCGAGAGGAACGCCUAGUAAUAAACUUAAGAGUGAAGCUGAGAUCGCUGAAGAAGAAGCUAAUAAAUUAAGAGAGUUGGAAGAAGAAAGAUUAAGGCGUAUGCGUGGUGAGGAACCUAAUAGUACCCAGAAAAAACAACACCGGAGCGCAGAUGAUCUUGAUGAUGGUUUAGAUAUAGAAGAAGAGAGUUUUGAACUGACUUAUGAUAAAGAUGGCAAUCCUAUUGGCUUGGACAAACUUAAUGAUAAUGAAGUUAUUGGAAAGAAAAAGGAAGCACCUGACUUUGGGAGCGAUGAAGAAAAUGAAAGUGACGAGGAAAGUGGUGAAGAUAACGAUAGUGCUGAAGAAGAAGAUGAUCCAAAAGAUUCAGAAAAUGCUGAUAUCAAAGACCCUGAAAAAGAUGAAGAGAAUAAUGAAGAUAGUAGUGGGGACGAAUCUGAUAAUCUAUCUGAUCUUCAAGUUACAGACGAUGCAGAGGAAAAAAUAGAAGUCGACAGUGAAGAUGAAAUAGAAAAUGAGAGUUUUUCGAAAAAUGAAUCAAAUAAAAUUUCUCAAUCAGAAGGAAACUCGGGCCUAGAAGUUAAGAAAAAGAAUAAAAAAUCCACUAAGGAUAAGUUAAAUGACAAGGAUAAUUCAACAGAACUAGAGGAUUGUAAGGAAGUUGAAACAAACCUUGAAGACUUGGAAAAUAAAAUCAAAGAGAAGAAGAAAGUGAGUUUUAGUAAAGAUGUAACUCUUGUGACUUAUAAGAAAGAACAUUCAGAUUCUACCGCCUUGGGGGAGAAUGAUGCAGAAAGUGAUAAACUGAAAAAAAUGCAAGAUAAAUACAGUGAUAUUCCAUACGCCAUUGAAGCUCCAGGCGAUUAUGAAGAACUUACUGAACUUUUUAAAGACAGGACCCCGGAACAACAAACUGUAAUUGUUGAAAGGAUAAUUAAAUGUAAUCAUCCAAGUUUAAAUGAAAAAAAUAAAGAAAAACUUGAAAAUCUGUUUGCAUUAUUGAUGCAGCAUUUAAACGAUGCUAGUGAAUCUGAAGCCUGGGAUAUUCUUAAUCUUUUAGCUCCACAGCUUUUUGUUCUGACUCAGUUUUCACCGAAUAAUGCUGCAUUCUGUCUUGGUGAAGUCAUUAAUGAAAAGCAUAGUGACUUCUUGAAGAAAAAACAUAAAUAUCCUUCUCAGGAAACAUAUUUAUUUCUGAAACUGGUGCCUCUACUAUUCCCGACAUCCGACAAGCGUCAUCAGGUUACCACUCCUUCAUUUAUUUUCUUAUGUGAAAUGUUACGCUAUUGCAACGUGACAACUAGAAGAACUAUCUCUGCGGGCUUGUUUCUUGUUUCGUUGGUUACUGAGUAUAUUUGGCUGUCCAAAAGAGUUAUGCCAGAAGCACUUAACUUCUUAUCAGGUGUGAUUUGUAUGGCUUCACCGUUGUCUGAUCUUCCGGUUCUCUCUCCUUUCAAAAAAGAACACAAAUUUCUGUUUCUCCAAAAAUCUGCAGCAGGCCUUAAGGUGGAUUUGACUAUGUCUGCAUCUGAUUUCAUGCUGAAGGGACCAAAAAUUGAUGAUGAAUUUAGGGUCAGAAGUAUUUAUUGCGCUUUGAAAUUGUUACAUUUAUUAGCUGAAAGUUAUGAAGAAAUAGCUGAAAGUAAACUCUUGUUCAAACCAAUUAUGAACCAUUUGGAUUUCUUUGAAAUAAAAAAUUACCCAUCUUCUGUAAGAGAAGCAUAUUAUCAAUUGAUAGAAAUUCUGGUAAGAAUAAACAAUAAAGAAAUGGUUCCAUUGAUGCUAGAAGCCAAAAAACCAAAAGCUCUUCGGUUAUAUGAACCAUCAAUUCAGCCAGUGUAUGAAUACCAAAAGAAGAAAUUAGUCGGUGAAAAAGCAGAACAUACAAAACUGUUGUAUAAGUACAAGAAGGAGAUGAAAGGUGCGUUAAGAGAAAUUAGAAGAGACAGGUCCUUCAUUGCUAAUGUCAAGUUCAAGGAACAGGCUGCCAGUGAUGCUGAGCGAAAGAGAAAGGUUCAAGAAAUUUAUUCUUGGGGUGCUCAACAGGAAAGUGAGUUCAAGAAAUUAAAAAGGAAAAAGAAGUAA